AUGUUGGUGGUUAGAUUACGUCCUCAACGAUAUACCUUUGGUAAAAUGGACUUGCUCUACUGGUCAUACCAGAUCGCAUGCGGCUUGCAAUACCUCUCGUCUCGUGACUUUGUCUACGGCAAUCUCUCCGCUCGCCAUGUACUGCUCGGUGAGGGCAACAUUGUGAAGCUGAGUGGCUUUGGAUCACCUUGCCGACUGCAGCUGUUCAGUAAGCUGACUCCGCAAAGCAUCCUAUCGCUAGAGCGAAUAGCACCGGAAUGUCUGCAAAGCGAUGGCACAUUCACUAGCAGCUCAGACGUAUGGUCGUAUGGUGUUCUGCUCUGGGAGCUGUUUUCAUUGGGCUGUGAUCCUUGCUGGGGAUUGAUACCACACGGGCGGUUUGCUGAUAGUUUUGAGUGUGUGAGUACGCUGCCCACACCGAAGUACGCAAACGAUGAAGUGUACCAAAUUAUGCGGCACUGCUGGAAGCAAGAACCUCAGGAAAGGCCGAGCUUUGUGGAGCUGUGUUCUCGAUUGAACUGUUUGAUCCCCAGGAGCAUGUUGAAGAGCUACGAGGAGUUGAAACUUCUUUACUCGUGUAUAAAUGCAGUGCAUAAAUCAGUGUUAUAAAUGGAAGGAUUAUUUCAACUUUAUAACGAACUUGUAUCUUUUUUCUUUAAAAGUAAUUUUGACAACUUGGAAUCAUAGUAUUUAAAGUAAGUG